CUUUAACUGAUCACAUGUUUUACAGUCAUAAAAAACGAUUGGUAUUUCAAGAUAAUUGUAUUAAUCAACAAAACACUGAUUUGCAGACAAAGAAUGAUUUGAAGAAAAACAAUUGUCAACUGAAAGAGCUAACAGAAAGAAAAGACAAAAAUGAAGAUAAUUUGAAAUCCAUUACAAAUGACAAGACAGUCAAUAGUUCUUCGAUAAGUAAUAUCCAAAAAGAUCCGAAUCUUGUGUUUCAGUGUAUAGACUGUCAGCAGAUGUUUACAACACCUAAUCUUCUGGCAGAUCAUGUGUUUUCAGAUCACAAGAAAGUUCUGUUAUUACAAGUUAUUCCCAGUUGUGAUCAACAAAUAUCUAUGAAAACGACUGACACAAGUCAACCAAUAAGAAGAAAUAUAAAUAUAAACUCAAUUAAUGACAAAAACAAUGACCAGUUAGACAAACAACGGGUAAUUCGGUCUAAACCGGGAGGAUAUAAGUGUCUGAAUAGUGAUUGUCAGCAAACAAUGCGAACACUAAAGCAGUAUCGUAAACAUCUGUCCAUUUGUAUGAUCACUUGUCCUCAAUGCCACAAGAAGUACAAAAGUCAAAAAUCCUAUGACUAUCACCAAUUGGCAGCACACGGAUCCGGUUCCGAAACGAUGUACAAAUGUGAUUACAUAGGUUGCAACUAUCAGUCGGUUUCACCGAGAUCGGUUAAAACGCAUAAAAACAGAUACCAUACUGACAGGACAUUUGUUUGUAAUAUUGACGGCUGCGGUAAGUCAUUCAAAACGAACGGUGCUCUCAAAUAUCAUCGGGAGUCACAUUCAAAACUUGAGAUCUAUGUAUGCGAUGCCGACGGCUGUUCCAAAGCGUUCAAACAUAAUUCACACUAUAAACGUCAUUUGGCCGAACACCGAUCGGAACCGACACUCAAGUGUCCUGAAAAGGAUUGUCGGCGAUUUUUUUAUACGGAUAGAGAUAUAUAUAGACAUCGUAUCGAUGAUCAUAAACGUAAAGUUAAAAAAAAUUUGAUUAGACCAUACAAACGGUGCGAUUGGCCCGGUUGUGACUAUUAUGGUAUAGAACUGAUACGGCACUCGCGUGUCCACACGGGUGAGAAAAAUUUUCAUUGUGAUUGGCCUGAAUGUGGUAAACGAUUUUCCGAGAAACAAAAACUCAAUCAUCACAUGAAUAUUCAUAACAAUGUUAAACCAUAUGCUUGUCGUUGGCCGGGAUGUGAGUACCGGUGCGCUCAUCAUUCAAAUAUUAAUAAACAUAUGAAACAAGUUCACCAUCAAUCAUCAAUGGUUGUGACAAUUGAUGACAUUUUGGAUCAGUUGUGGAAUGAAAACAAACGACUUGUCGAUGAAUUGUUGUUUGCAAACAAAUUGAAGAUAUUUUUGAUGAAAUUAUUUGACAAAUAUAAAGAAAUCAUUGAUGGAGAAGACAAACAUGAGUUUAAAUUAUUAGAAGAAGUGCUGAAUUGUAGGAUCAAAUUGAAGUCAGAAGAGGGCAAUAACACACAUAUAGUGGUGACUAAAAGAAAUACAAGAAAACAAACAGUAAGUCCACCAAUACUUGACGACAAUAAGAGAAAAGAUGACAACAAAGUGACCAAAAAAUAUAAGACAAAUGAUUUGAAAGUAAAGAAAACAAAGAAUGUCCAGAAUAUUGUCGCCAAAGAACUGAAACCAUGGUUUAGAUCUAAUAGAUAUCACUGUCUGAAUAGCGAUUGUCAGAAGACAUUCACUACAAUUCGCAACUAUAAGAAACAUCAGAAGACAUGUAUAGUAAAGUGUGGAUUGUGUCACAAGAAGUACAGAUGUCAACAAUCAUAUGUUUACCAUCAGAUGAGAGCACAUGAUAUCAAAUCAGAGUUUAUGUUCAAAUGUGAUUACGAUGGCUGUGACUAUCGGUCGCCCAAAGAGUAUAUGUUACGCAAACAUAUGGUUAAACACUCGAUUGACAGGCCGUUUGUCUGCAAUAUCGACGGCUGCGGUAAGUCAUUCAAAACCAGUCACACUCUUGAUAUCCAUCGACAGAUCCAUUCGGAACAGCUUUACAUAUGCAAUGUCGACGGCUGUGAGAAACGAUUCAAACAUAAAUCAGCGCACAGUCGUCAUUUGGCCGAACAUAAGUCGGAACCGACGCUUUGUUGUCCAGAAAAAAAUUGUUGGCAACUGUUUUACUCGGAUAUUGCCAUUAAGAGACAUCGCAUUGAUGUCCAUAAGCGCAAGUUUGGCAUUAGUCGGGAAAAACGAUACAAACGAUGCGAUUGGCCCGGUUGUGACUACUAUGGACCGUCAGUGAUGCGCCACAAGAUUGUCCACACGGGUCAGAAAAAUUAUCAAUGUUUUUGGCCACAGUGUGACAAACGCUUUGCCGAAAAGUGUAAACUUGAUGAACAUAUGAAUAUCCACAAUAAUGUUAAACCGUUUGAGUGUCGGUGGCCAGGGUGUGACUACCGAAGCGCCAGUCAUUCAAACAUUUGGAAACAUCAGAAACAAGUGCACCAAAAAUAGUGAAUAAUAAUAAUAAUAAUAAUAAUUGAUAUGAAUUACUGUUUUUUAUUUAAAAUAUUUAUUUUACAAUUAUUGUGUGAAUAUAAUUUUAUU